AUGGUGGAAACAGCCAAUCACAACCACGGACAGCCGCCGAAUCAGGUGCCUCCGCCGCCAGUAGUACGACCUCCUCUUGGUUCUGCAAGAGGCCCUGUUUAUCCUCCGGCAGAACAGCUCCUCCAGCUUCACUACUGCAUCCAUUCAAAUCCUUCCUGGUUACAAACUGCUGUGUUAGGUUUCCAACAUUACAUUGUUAUGCUUGGAACAACUGUGAUGAUUGCUACUGCCCUUGUGCCUCGGAUGGGUGGCAGUCCUGGCGAUAAAGCUAGAGUGAUUCAGGCGUUGCUCUUUAUGUCGGGAAUUAAUACCCUUUUGCAAACAUGGUUUGGGAGUCGACUUCCAACAGUGAUGGGUCCAUCAUUUGCGUAUGUUAUAUCAGUAUUGGCAAUUAUCAAUGAUUUUUCUGAUAGUACAUUUGCAAAUGAACAUGAGAGGUUCACUCACACUAUGAGAGCUAUUCAAGGAUCGUUAAUAGUAUCCUCACUUAUCAACAUUGUAAUUGGAUAUAGCAAUGCGUGGGGAAAUCUUACACGGUUCUUCAGCCCGAUCGUUAUAGUUCCAGUAGUCUGUCUAGUAGGUCUUGGUUUGUUUGUUAGGGGCUUCCCACAGCUUGGAAAUUGUGUGGAGAUUGGCCUACCCAUGUUGAUUCUGCUAGUUAUCGGGCAACAAUACUUGCAACACAUCCAUCGAGCUGCCGGACCCUUGCUUGAGAGGUUUGCUUUGCUUGUCUGCGUUGGAAUUGCCUGGUCUUUUGCUGCAAUACUUACAGUUGCUGGUGCUUACAACAACGUGCGAGAAUCGACCAAAUCAAGCUGUCGUACAGACCAUUCCUUUCUCAUGUCAUCUGCUCCAUGGAUCAAGAUUCCAUAUCCUUUCCAGUGGGGCACCCCUAUAUUCAGAGCAAGUCAUGUAUUUGGGAUGAUGGGUGCUGCACUUGUUUCUUCAGCUGAAUCCACUGGAACAUUUUAUGCUGCAUCACGCCUUGCUGGUGCUACUGCACCUCCAGGACAUGUGCUAAGCCGGAGCAUUGGUCUGCAGGGUGUGGGCCAGCUGCUUGAAGGGAUAUUUGGUGCUGUUGUUGGGACUACUGCUGCUGUUGAAAAUGUUGGACUUCUCGGACUAACUCGUGUUGGAAGCAGAAGAGCAGUGCAGAUCUCCACUGCUUUCAUGUUCUUCUUUUCAAUAUUUGGAAAAUUCGGGGCCUUCUUUGCGUCAAUUCCGGUUCCAAUAUUUGCUGCAAUAUACUGUGUCUUGUAUGGUAUUGUUGCUGCUACUGGGAUUUCAUUUAUGCAAUUUGCAAACAACAAUUCAAUGAGAAACAUCUACAAAUUGGGGCUCUCUCUGUUCUUGGGUAUGUCGAUAUCCCAAUAUUUUGUUAUGAACACAGAUGCCUCUGGGCAUGGACCUGUCAAAACAAAUGGAGGCUGGUUCGACGACAUACUGAAUACAAUAUUCUCUUCACCGCCUACUGUGGCUCUCAUAGUCGGAACACUUAUAGACAACACGCUUGAAGCCAGGCAUUCAGUUGAGGAGAGAGGACUUCCAUGGUUGAUACCCUUCCAACGCAGGAAGGGAGACAGUAGAAAUGAUGAGUUCUACGGUUAUCCUCUGAGACUAAGCGAGUAUAUUCCUACCAGAUUUCUCUGA